AUGGCCAUCAGGCUCAUCGGAUUCGGUGACUCAAUUUGCACCCUCAGAGUUAUUACAUGUCUUAAUGAAUUAGGUCUUUCUUAUAAAUUAACACCACAAGCCGGUGGUUACGCUGGUUUAAAAAAUAAGGAUUAUCUCGCUAAUAAACACCCUUUUGGAAAAGUACCAGUCCUUUACGAUGAUAAUUUUAAAAUUACUGAAUCUCCUGGUUUAGUUGAACAAUUAAUUUCUUAUGAAUCAAGUUACUUUGAUUCACCUGUUUCAAAAAUUUUAUUUCAAGAAAUAUAUGCGAAAUAUAUGGGUAAAACUUCGGAUCCCGUAGUAGUUAAGCGUGCCCGUGAGAAAACUGAAGGAGUCUUAAAUGUUUACGAUAAGCUUUUGGAAGGAAAAGAAUAUUUAAAUGGAAAAUUUUCUUUAGCUGAACUCUUCCAUUAUCCAAAUACUUAUUUCGCUCACAUUGCCAAUCAUUCUGAUUUGUGGGAUAAAAAAUCUAAUGUUAAAAAAUGGUGGGAUGGGUUGAAUAAUAGAGAUGCCUGGAAAAAAUCUUUGGAAGAUAUUAAAA